AUGACAAACAUGUAGUGGAACAACUGAGCGUGAUCAUUUCAAGCAACCCAGCAUAGAGGACGUUGUGAGCGUUUACAAUGUGUGAAUAGCUGUUUUCUGAUGGAAGAAACCCGAUACAUCAAUCAACUUUGAAACAGCAUGAAGGCAUCUGGUUGUCAAGUUCCAGACAGUGAAUGCGCACUGGAUCCAGAUCCAAGGACAGGAUGAACUGAGACAUUACGCGCAAGAGGUUGCCACGGGCACGCGUUCGCUUUGACCUCUGUGGGAAUCAUUUCCGAGACAAACAACUUGGUGCGGAGGAUGUAUCAAUGAAGAAUGUGACCGCGUCUGACUCUCUCCAGACGGGGUGGAUGAAGCCCUCGGCGGUGUCAUGCGUCUUGCCCCGCAGCCAAGCGCGCAACCCUUGCGGCUCAUAGUCCUGCUCCUCCUCACCGCGGGGGUGAUCACAUCCCCGGUGCUGUCUACGGGCUGCCCGGACAGGUGUGUGUGUGAUGACCAGCUGGUGGUUCAAUGCGCUGGGCAGCACCUGACUACCUUCCCGGUCAACUUGCCGCUGGCCACGCGGCAGCUCAUCAUCUCCAACAACCGCAUAGUGGAGCUGCCGCCGCUCGCGCUCAACUACCUCUCCGAUCUGGUGUACCUGGACUGCAGCAACAAUUCCCUUACGGAGAUAUCCGAGUCCACGUUUGGGAAUCUACGGAAGCUGGCCUACCUGGACCUCUCCUUCAACACCUUGAUCCGGAUCGAGGACAGGACGUUCGGCCCCUUGGCGAGCCUGGUGAUGCUGAGGAUGACGGACAACCCGGGGCUCUCGGAGAUUCACCCGGACGCCUUCGCGGAAAACGCGAACCUCCAGGUGCUGGAUGUGAGUCGGAACAACCUGACGGUGGUCAACAUCACCUCCCUGAUCGCGCUGCCCGCGCUGCGCUCGGUGGGGCUCAGCGGGAACCCGUGGAGCUGCGAGUGCGACAACGAGGACCUAUGUCUGUGGGUCCACCUGGAGGGCUUCAAGUUCCAAGAUGAGGGUCAGACGGUGUGUGGCUCACCUGCUGAUAUGCAGGGCCGUCGUCUGGGAGAGGUGGGUAUCCAGCUACGGACGUUAUGUCACCAGACUCUGGGCUCCUGGGACUACCUUUUCUUUGUCGUCAUCGGCUUUGUCAUCUUUGCUGCUGGCACCGUGUCGGCCUGGCUGAUGGGCGUCAUUAUGGUGCUCUAUGAGCGUUACAUCAAGAAGAAAGAUGAACAGCUCGAUGCAGACGACGAGGAAGAAUCCAGUGAGACGGGUCGUACCUCGCGGGCAAGGAGUGACCAUGGCAACGGGAAUUUGAAAACGUCACACACUGUUUAAAAUACUGUUUAAUCCCCCUCUGCCCAUCACGGAUUCCCACAGUGCCUCCUGUCAACUUCCAGGACUGCCUGUGAAGUCUAAUUACACUCCAGUCAAACUGAGUCUGUUUAACAGGCCUAGCUCUGAAAGAGAAAAGAGGACUCAACAGAGAUGCACAAUGUCACUCUUCUCAUUUGUAGUGGGCUUUCAGGUGAUGUAACACACUCUCGCUGCCAUUGUGGAGGUCCCCAGCCCUUGGGUAUUACUCACCAUGUAUGCAAAUGUAUGACUGUGCUAUAUGGUUUAUUGAUUUGUAUUAUUUGACUGGGAUGAGGUCAUACGGGAUGACAAAGGAGCCUAAAUCAGCCAAGCUGGUUAUCUUGGAAGCAGCUAACUGGUCUGACCGUAACAGAUUGUUUUACCUGAUUAUCAGCUCAUUUUGGCUUGUGAACUAGUAUCAAUGGUCACAUUUAUCAACUUCAAAAAUAGUUUUACAGUUUGGGAACUGUGAUUAUUCACUUUGUUGCCCAGAAGUAGAUGAGAAGAUUAAAACCACUCUCAUAUUUGUCUGUGAAGUAUGAAGCUAUACAGCCAUAUUUGCUUAGAUAAUAAAAAUGGACCAAAGUUAACAAAAUCCAACUUCCAGCACCAAGUUAAUUAAUUAACAUGUUAUAUUUUGUUUGUUUCCUUGGCCAGGAGCCCGACUUACCGAAGUCACCUGGCAACUGCUCCCAGCCAAGACAUAGUCAGGCACAUAACCCCCCAUAAAAUGGUGAAUUGUCAUUUUUGCACUUCAGUGUAUGUAUGUAUUAAACAAACACAAUAUAUGUUUAUUAGUGAGCUUCAGAGGUGCUGGUAGGCACAUUUUGUUACCUUUGGACAGUUCUAGGCUUGCUGUUACACCCGGUUUCCAGUCUUUGUGCUAAGCUAAGCUAACUGUUUGCAGGCUGUAGGUUCAUAUUUAAAUGACAGAUAUGAAAGUGUUAUCUAUUUUCUCAUCUAAUAUUUUGCAAGACAACGAAUAAGAGUAUUUCCCAACAUUUCCAACUACUCUUUUAACACCAUUUGGGUCCAGCUAUGACCAACAAAGGAGCAGAAAUACUCAUCAAAACCCAGCUCAGACCAUCAUAAUUUGGGCUAUUGAGAAACAUGCAUGUCAUAUUAUACAAUCAGUUUGUACAUAUAAUGUUACAAAUUGGAUAGAUACAUUUGCUACUAAAUAAUAUGACCGCCUAUUUCUAGACCCUACUUGAAUAGCUUUGGUAGCACAAAAAAAAAAUACCAGUGGACCUCCAUAAUGGUAACAAGCAUAGCAGGAGAAUUGUGACUAAGCUUCACAGCCUCUACAUGGAAUUUAAAGUGGUGUGGUCAUUCUACUCACAGUUAUGAAAGGAGAGGAUGAAAUGCAUUUAUUCAAUGCAUUUAUGUCAGCGUAGAUGAAUAAAUGUGUGCACACGCAUGUACACACUAGUGUGUACCAUGUAGCUGCACAUUUGAUUGAGCUUUUGCAGAUGUGGACUCAGAUUCUCCACUGGGCACGUCUGUGCUGCGUUCCAAUUUUGUUUCAUCCUCCGCCACGCGCCAUACCCAUAGACUGUUAAUGUGAUCAUUCUUUUUUUCAGUCUAAGGCCAUACCACACCAGGAGGGUCUCAGAAGCGGAGCAUUUUAUUGCCCGACUUGCAGAUUUUAUUGUCUCUACAAGUAUUUUACAGAACAGUUUAUUAAGCUAGUAUUUACGCAGUGCAGAUGCGCCUGGUGGAAAAUAAGGGUGAGGGUUUCCAUCUUUGCUCCAGUGGAGUGUGGUUUUGUACUGAUAGUUCUCAUCUAUAAGCCCAGAAACAAUCUGCAGUCCAGGCAUUUUUGUUGAAGAUCUGUUAGUGAAGUUGAGUGCCAGCAUGUUCCAACUGCUGAGGUCUGUUUGGCAGUGGGCCCUGCUGGAUGGCAAGUAAACAGGAGAAUGUGAUAACUGAUUUCUACUUCAUCCUCUCUUUGUUGGGUAACUAGUUUGAGUGCAAUGUCCUAUAUGUGUCUGCAUGCACUGUUGAUGCACCAAAAAGCCUUAUGAGGUGUGUACAAGCUAAUUCAAUUAAUUAAAGAAGGACACAGGAUUUAAAUACAGAAGAUCCCAAGUGUAAUCAUUUAAGACUCAUUCUAAAAAGAAAAAAAGAAACACGCUCCUAUUUUUUUUCUUACACUUUUUAUUUGUACGUUCAUUGAGUGAAAUUACAAGGACUUUACUCCAAACCUGGUAUUUGAGAAAUGUACGGUUUUAGAGCAAUAAGACAGCUAAUGUUGUCAGGAAAAACUGGGACCAGAAUCAUUUAAGCCCACAAUGCUAAACAAAGUACCAACACCUGGUUUGUUUGAGGUUUUGCCUCCACUUUGCAACGUCCCAGAUCACAAAUUUAGCCCAGAAUGAUUGCUUAUCAUGUGGCUGUACCUCAUUUCCCCUGACAUUGACUGUUAUGAACAUAAGGAGCAGGAAGUAAAACCUGUUGGACUAGGGGAAACCAAUAGCUGCUCCAUUGUGCUGUUCUCUCUGUGUGUGUGUGUG